CUGACACUGAUACAGCUUCAUACAACAUUUCAAGUGGAUGUUACAAGGUGAGGAGGAGGCUGAGCUGUGAAUAAGAGGCUAAGGAAAACUCAGUAUUCAUUGAAUAGCACUCCAGGGCUUCAAGGACAUACAAGAUGGCCUUGAGUGUAGCUGACAGAGCCAUGGGGGCCAUUAUUGGGGCAGCUGUGGCAGAUGCAGCAGCCCAGCCCAUGCACUGGAUCUACAAUCCAGAUAGGCUCAAAGAAGUUCUCUCUGAUCUGGAGCCACGUCCAGAGUUUAGACCUCAGUCAGCAAAUCCUUUCUACCACAGGACGACGGGCGAGCAAACCUGCUAUGGAGACCAGGCCUACGUCCUGCUGGAGUCACUGAGUCAGUGUGGAGAUGUCAACGUGGACGACUUGACCAAGCGCAUCUACAAAUUCUUUGGCCCAGGAACAGUGUACGACCUGCCACUCAAUGAUCCCUACAAGAAGAAAGGAGGUCCCAAAGCCAUCCUUCCUAUUGAUGGUCCCUGGAGGAAUGGCAGCCUGAAAGCUUUCAUCAGAAAUGUUGACGCUGGCAAAGAAGAAACUGGCUGUGAAGUGGACUGUCAGAUGGACGGUGUCACUAAGUUGGCUCCAGUGGUGGCCAUGUUCGCUGGACAGCCUCAGAUGCUGGAGAAAGUGGAAAAAGCCAUACGUGUCACCCAGAACAACGACAUGUGUGUGGCUGUUACUAUGGCUGCAGCCAGGUUUUUGGAGCAUUUCAUUCUGAAUGGUCCAGAUCCCAAUGCUCUGGAUGCAGUUCUGGCUCAGUUGAAUGACUCAAAGAGACAGAACCCUCAGGAGCUGGACCGGGCUGUUAUUGCACACAUCCACCAGGUGAAGGACAACCUGGCCAAGAAGUCCCAGCAGCUCAUACCUGCUGUGUUCACCAACACAUGAGCUUUGCCAGGUGCAUUCCAGGGAGCGCUUCAUGGAGUCCUGACACUGAACCAGCUGGAUGAAGCAGUCAGGGACACCAUGCGCUGCGGGGGAUGCACCGCGAGCCGAGCCUCCUUCAUAGGAGCCUGUUUUGGAGCACAGACCGGUCUCCAGGGAAUCCCAGAGUCUUGGAGGAAGAGGACUCUCAGAUAUCCUCUGCUGCUGGAAUUAGCCGAAAACAUGGCAAAAAAGAAGUCAGAAAAUGUAGUUUAGGUCUUAAAAACUAUCAAUUAUUUAUGGAGUGCCAAUAACUGCCAAGACUUUCUCAUAUUGCAGAUGUGCAGUACUUUGAUACGACAAUCCAUGACAGUUGCAUUUUAAAGUCUUGUACUGAAUGAAACUCGAAUCUAUUUGCUCUGUCAAAGCUGCAUCAUGCAAGAAAGCGAAAAUCUGUGCAAAGUAUUCAUGUUGUGUUGAGGACAUGUAACACAUUUAUCUUCAUUGUAAGCAAAAAAUAAAUACAUUUUAUGUCCCCAA